GUUCUUGACUUAAAAUUUUCAUUUGUUACAGGAUUACAUAAUGUCAAGUGAUCUAUGUGGGGAUCUGAUUGCUGAUAUCUUCUCAAGACUACCAACCAAAUCCCUUCUGCGAUUUAGAUCGGUUUCCAAAUCACUAUGUGCUUGUAUUGGCAGCCCCGAUUUCAUCCAACUGCAUAGUCUUCGAUCUCCUAAUACAGUAGUGGUCACACACCGAAUUCGUGACAAAGGAGAAGCACAAGAUAAACACAUCUACACAUUACAUUCGGACGGACAAUUGGCGUAUAAAUACCAUCCCUAUAUGGGAAUACCAACAAUUGAGUAUCCUUUCAAAAAAUGCAAAAUUGUUGGCUCAUGUAACGGAAUUCUAUGUGUAUGUGAAUAUGGAACCGGUGAACAUGGAGCCCGCCUUUAUUUAUGGAACCCUUCGAUUAGGCGCAAAGUAACGGUACCCUUCAUUAGUUGGGUAGAUGGGUUUGGUUUCGACCCAAUCAUCGACGACUACAAGAUUUUGAGGAUAUCAAAAGCGGGUUCAUCUGUUUACACCGUGAAGACACGCACUUGUCGUGUGAUUGCUUCCCCUAUUUCUCCGUUUUCGAGUUGGAAGUCAUACCAGUGUAUUUUCAAUGGAGCAUUGCAUUGGACUGUAAAAAGGUACUUAACACGCGAUAUACGCCAUUAUUAUAUAAUGACAUUUGAUCUGAGCUCUGAGGUUUUUUCUACGAUUGAGUUGCCGGAACCAAGUUGGAAAACGCGUCUAGUGACAGUCAUCAAAGGUUCUCUAGCUGUGAUUUCAACAAAACCUGACUAUAGCAUAAUCUGGGUGAUGAGAGAAUAUAACAACACUGCUUCUUGGUCUGUUGUUAGUGAACUAAAUUCAAAUCCAUUUAAAGGAGCACAAAGGGUUGUACCAAUUGCCCCCAAUGAUGAAUUGCUAUGCAUCUCUUUCAAAUAUUAUAAGGAGAUCCUAGUUUAUAAUCCCAAGACACAGGUACGAAUGAGGCUUGCGGACUUCAGUGAUUCUUCUCGGAUACUUGACGUGAAUUUGUGUGUUGAAAGCCUUGGAUUGUUAGACAUGGGACUUCAUGAAGGGAGCAAAUUACCAGGAAAACAAGAGGAGAACAAGUGAAGUUUUGCAGGUUUAGCUUCUAUCACAAUAAUGUACUGUUACAUUUCUACUUUAAAUUGGUUUAGUAAAAAUUACUUGUUAGGUUCACAACAAAUUAGGGGUGUGUGUAUUUCGUGUAUAACAAGAACAAACCUGAAAACCCAUCCGAAAUGUAGUUGCUCUGGUGGUCUUUGGUUCCGGACUAGAAAAUGGAUUUGGACUCAGUCUGGUUCGGUCCUAAGUCCUUACCCAAGAGAACAUACAUUAUAAACUAAGCCAUGUAUUUACUGAUUUUCAUUGCAUUCUUAGUACUUGGAUUACAUAAAAUUUAUCUUA